UCAACUCCUCAUCAGUAAGUUCCUUCAUGCCGGAGUCGGAGUAGUUUCGCAUGGACCAAAAAGUUUAUUUUGACACAAGCAAUGGAUUACAGACACACUCAGUUUCAUUUCUUAUUCUUGUAUUUAUUUGUUAACAACGGAUUUAUUGGGAUCCAGUCAAAAGAACAUGUGCUACUUGAUAUGAAGUCUGCUGGAAGUGAAUUAGGUUGGUUAACCUGGCCGAAUGAAGAAGGGUGGGAAGUUGUCCAGACAGUCGUGAACGGCUCUCUUCUUUACACCUACAGUGUGUGCAAUGUUGCCAGUGACACAGAACAAGACAACUGGGUUCGUACGACCUUUAUCCAGCGCAGGCCAGACGUCUCUCGUGUAUCCGUAGAGCUCCGCUUUAUAGUACGGGACUGCAACUCAUUUGGUGGCUCGUCACCUUCCUGCCGCGAGACUUUUGGCCUCUAUCUGAGCGAGACGGACACAGAUGUUGGCACAAAUUUCCGCAAGAGCCAGUUUCGAAAGAUAGCCACAGUAGCCCCAGACGAGGUAACAGCAAAUCGUGGAGGGGGCCGAGCUGAUUUGCGAGUGAACAUUGAGACAAAGAGCAUCGGGCCACUCUCCAGAAGGGGCUUCUAUCUUGCCUUCCAGGAUAUAGGGGCCUGUGUUGCUCUCCUGGGGCUGAGGGUGUUCUACACCACCUGUCCAGCCACGAUGAGAAGUCUGGCCGCCUUUCCUGAGCAGGUGGCAUCAGGAGCGCUGGCGGAGGUGGAGGGCACCUGUGUGAAGGACGCAGUGGUGGUUGGAGAAGCUGCUCCUCGGAUGUACUGCACUGCUGAGGGAGAGUGGGUCGUUCCUGUGGGCCAGUGUCUCUGCCGAGCGGGAUACCAAGCUGUUGGAGAUGCUUGCAAAGCUUGUGAACCGGGUUACUACAAGAGUACUGAUUCAAGCCAGCCAUGUGAAGUGUGUCCAGAAAACACCAAGCGCUCAGGUCAUGGAUCACUGUUGUGCUCCUGCAUGGAGGGCUUCUUCCGGGCCCCUAUGGACCCUAACUCUGCUCCUUGCUCUGCUCUGCCUAGCCCUCCACAAAACCUGGUAUACACGCCUCUCCUGACUGCGGGGAGUUUGCAGCUGACUUGGCACCCACCGGCAGACACUGGCGGCAGAAGCGAUAUCACAUAUAGUGUGGUGUGCGAGCGCUGUGAGGGUGGUCUGUGUUCGCUGUGUGGUGGGAGGGUGCGAUUUGAGCCUGCGCAGACAGCCUUGAAAGACCCCGAGGUGGUGGUUAGCGAGCUGGAGCCUCAUGUGAACUACACAUUUACAGUCGAGGCCCAAAAUGGCGUGUCCCAGUUCAGUCGAAAGAGAGCCACGGACAGCAUUACAGCAGUGCUUCACUUCACAGAUGGCCCAAGGGUGCUGUACUUGAGAGUUGAAGAUCGGACCACCAGCAGUCUGACUCUAUCCUGGGUUGUGGACCACCAUGUGCAGAAUAACAACUCCCCCCGCUAUGAGCUCAUGUACCGCAAGAAGGAGGAUCCUGGAGAGUUGGAUGUCACCACCUACACCGUUCUGGUUUUGGAGAAGAACUCUGUGCAGAUUAAUGACCUCUUACCAGGAACAAAGUAUGUGUUCCGCGUUCACACCCUGACAGCGGAAGGCCAUCCCAGCAGCCACAACGCCGAGCUUGAAUUUGAGACGUUGGCUCUCGCGGAAUCUCAGACACAGAAUAGUUCCAUGGUUGUCAUGGGAGCAGUUGCUGGGGGCGGAGUCAUGUUGCUGAUUGUGGUGGUUAUUUUGCUCCUUCACAAAAGGAGGCUCAAUUCCCAUGUCCGACGGAGGGUAGAUGGAAAUUACUUUUCAUGUCCAGAAAAACUCCUGCCUUUGAAGACCUACAUUGAUCCCCAUACAUAUGAAGACCCCUGUUCGGCUGUCCUCAAGUUUGCCAGUGAAAUUCAUCCUAGUCAUUUCACCAAGCAGAAAGUCAUUGGUGCAGGAGAAUUUGGUGAGGUGUACCGUGGUUCUCUGAAGAUACCGGGGCGCUGUGAAGUCGCAGUAGCGAUAAAGACCCUGAAGCCAGGCUACACUGAGAAGCAAAGGCAGGACUUCCUUAGUGAAGCCAGUAUUAUGGGCCAGUUUUCCCAUAAGAAUAUUAUCCGUCUGGAGGGUGUUGUCACUAAAUGUAAGCAUCAUAGUUUCCAGUACUUAAGAAUACCAUUCCACAAAACAGUACAUGUUUUAACAGGAUCUUUUCUUCAACCUAUUAUUUCAGUCAAAGACGCCAUGAUUAUCACCGAGUACAUGGAGAAUGGAGCUCUAGAUCAGUAUUUAAGGGACCAUGAUGGGGACUUUUCCUCAUACCAGCUUGUGGGAAUGCUCAAUGGCAUAGCAGCAGGAAUGAAGUACCUCUCAGACAUGAAUUACGUCCAUCGGGACCUCGCGGCUCGUAAUGUCCUGGUCAACGGCAACUUGGAGUGUAAAGUCUCCGAUUUUGGCCUGUCGCGAGUGUUGGAGGACUACCCUGAGGGAACCUACACGACUACUGGAGGAAAGAUUCCUAUUCGUUGGACAGCGCCCGAGGCAAUCGCAUACAGGAAGUUCACUUCAGCCAGUGACGUGUGGAGUUUUGGCAUAGUCAUGUGGGAAGUGAUGUCAUUUGGAGAAAGACCCUACUGGGAAAUGAGCAACCAUGAGGUGAUGAAAUCCAUAAACGAAGGCUUCAGAUUGCCGGCACCGAUGGGCUGCCCGUCUGCGGUCAAUCAGCUCAUGCUGCAGUGCUGGAUGCAGGACCGCUCCAAACGGCCACGAUUUGUAGAUAUCGUCAACUUGCUCGAGAAGCUUCUUCGCAACCCAGAGUCGCUCUCUGCCAUUGCCAGUGUCGACCCACGUGUCUCUAUUCGUCUACCCAGCACAAGUGGUAGUGAUGGCGCCCCCUUCAGGUCAGUGGAUGAAUGGCUGGAAUCCAUCAAGAUGGCCCAGUACAGAGAAACCUUUGCCCUGGCUGGAAUUAAAACGAUGGAACAGGUGCUACGCUUGAAAAUUGAGGACAUUAGUAACAUUGGAGUACGCCUACCAGGUCAUCAGAAGAGAAUAGCCUACAGCAUUCUAGGCCUGGAAGACCCGUCGGCGACUCUGGAUCUGUAUGCAGUGUGAAAGAUGUUGUUGAGCGAAGCAGCACUGUUCUGGACUGGACUUUAAAAAGCUGGCUGAAUAAAGACCAGAAUGCCCUCCUCAAAUGAAACGGACUUCCUUCGGGAAUAUAAUCACUUUACUGUUUGUUUUGUUUUAUAGCUUUUUAUAUAAUAUUUUAACAUGUCAGAUGGACCCUUAUGCUCUUUGUGAUUCUGUUUUAACUUAAGCCAUAUUAAGCGCACGGUGGACAUAUGAUGGUCUGUUUUGAAAUAUAAUAACCACUGCCUCAGGUCUGAUGAUUAGGGUACAAUCAAGGGUACAAUGAUAGUAACCUUUUAUUACUGUAGUGCCCAUACUAUUCCACAUUUAAACAGAGUUGCCAAAUGUGAGGGGUUGAAGUCUGAAAUAAGGUUGUACAAUUACAAAUGUAAAAAGUAGUAAAUGUUAUAUGUUGUUAAACUGUUGACAGACAUCCUCCUGUUUUCAAUGUUUACACGUCUUAUUUCAGCUCUUUUUAUUUAAUAUUUAUAUUUUUUUAUUUAUUGUCUGUGUUUGUAAAGAAAAUAAUGUACUGUAUAGUAUUAAAAUAUUCUGUAAGUCUCA